AUGACCAAACUUUGGGAAACGAUAUAUUUUCUCACAUUUGGAUUUUUUAAUUUAUGAUUCUGGAAGUGUGGCACUGCUUUGUGAAGCGAAGCCUGAAUCAUUUGUCAGUUUGUUGUCAUGGCUAGAAUUGAAACGAGAAAACGUGCAAAAAUUGAUGAAUUUCAGAGUCGAGCAAUACCUAAAAAAAUUACUAGAAUGGAAUCAAGUUCAUCUUGUGAGUCAUCAAAAAUUUACCCGCUAAAUGUCUCCUACAUCACUUUCGAAUACGGUCCUUCCGAACUGAACCUUUUCAAAUAUGUUGCAGAAGAGUACGAAUUUCUUUGGGAAAACCUGAAAAAAAUAUGCAUUUUGAAUAAAAACAGUGAGCCAGAAGAUGGGCUCAUUCUUUUGCAUGGCGACUCGAAAAAUGUACCUGAGUUAUGUAUGGAUCUUUUUCGUUUUGAUGCCAAGACAACUAAGUUUGAAUCAAGAAAAAAAAUUCCAAAAGAAAUAGAAUGUGUUGUUGUUUGCUACCUUGGAAAUACAUCUUGGACGGACGACAAGAUAUCAGUUGAGGACGUUAAGAGGACUGUGAAAGAUAUCGAUCCGUGCAGAUUGUUUUUCAUCACAGACGCCGAGCAGGAUGAAGCGGUCACUCGCAUAAAACGUCUUCACCUCUGCCCACCGUUGCACGUCAUAAGAGCAACAUCUGACAUGGGAGUCAUUUACAAUGCCCUCUACAACACACUGGAGAAAAAGCUCAACUUGUUAAAGAAUGAUCUUGAAUCAAAAACAAGCACACGUAAAGUCGCUGUAUACAAAUCUCAACUCGAGGCUCUUUUUAAAAAGCUUCAAGAAAGAAAACCCACAGCAACACAAAUGCUGACAGAAGAUUGCAUUAGAAACUUGAAAGAUGGCAGACGUUUUGGUGUAGUUGGAUACAGACUUCGCGGGGAGACUCUAUAUGUUUUUGAAAAUGAAAAGUCUCCAGAGAAAGAAGACAAAAUGAAGGGAAUUAAAAAUUUAAUACAAGAAAAUUUUAAAGGAAAGGUUUUGUUUAAAACUUUGACAAGUUCCUCCUAUAACCCACACAGUGCGAUUAACUGCGGUGGUUAUAUUGUGAACAUUGAUAGGAACAUGCGAGGAACAAUAGGCAUAUUUGGCAAAAUUAAGGGGAAUUUACCAGAAAAUCUGACAAAUUCUCACAGGAUUGUUGCACUUACAUCCGGACACAUGUUUAUGGAAAAUGAUAUUGCUCAUACUAUUGACCAAUUAUCUAGAAUAGGUAAGUGCAUUUGGCCAAAAGUUAAUGCAAAUCCAAGUUCAAUCAUGCCCGACUUCGCUGUUGUCCAGUUAGAUCCCGCUUAUGGAAGGCCAAGAACUCACAUAUAUGACGAAAAUGUGUUUAUACAACAACUUACAAAAACCUUUCUAAGUUACCGGAAAGUGUUUAAAUUUGGCGCAACAACAGGAGAAACAACGGGUAGAAUUGAAAAAAUCGAUAAUUUUGAGAUGUUUGAUAAAGAGGUUAUGAUUAUUUUGCCAGAGAACAGAGAAGAUCCUCAAAAGAAAUUUUCUGAGGAAGGAGACAGUGGAGCCAUUGUUUUGACCAGGGAUAUGAAUAGACUGUAUGCGGUUGGGAUGGUUUACGGUGAUGAUUUUGAUUUCGGAGCGGAGUGCGAAACUUCCUUGAAAGAAUGCAUUGCCUUUAAUUUUAAAAAUGCACUAGACCAUUUUACACAAAGAACACACAUUUCCUUAGAAUUCAACACAAUAUAA